GACAGCUGUGAUCGUCGUCCUUGACGUCGGGGACCUUUUGCUCGAGGAUGAGCGACGCGUCGCGACGGGACAAGAACCCGCUGCUCACCGCCGCGGGGCAAGACUUUCCCUUCUCGAAUCUUUCGGAAAACUCCCUCCUAGUGCCCGUCACACCUGCGACGCCGGCGGUCCUUCGCGACGACGAGGAGAGAUCUGCCAGACAGGAAGCCUUCGGUCCCACGUCGUCCCCCGGACGGCAGAGGUUGGGGGCACCGCCUCCAGGGGCAGCCGACUCCUGCACGUUGCCGGAGAUUGGAGGAGCCUCCAAGCCAGGCUACUUCAGCUCCCUGCUUUCGUCUUUGCCGAGCCUGCCGCUUUCUUCCAUCACAGGUGGAGAAGCCACGACAAACCCUGCCCCUAACUCGCCCCCCGAGGUUCCUCAGCUGGAGAGACCACCGCAUCCUGCUGCCUUCUCGGUGCCCUUCUCGCCAGUGCCAUCCUCGCAAACUGGACCAACUGGACCAACUGGACCAAGGGUCCCACCAUCUUCGGCUCCGCCUCUGCAGCCACCUGUAGCAGGUGCUCCAGCAUCCUAUCGUUUGAGCAAUCAGCGGCGGUUGAGGUAUGCGCCGCCUCCAGAUCUGACCUCCAGCUCCGCGAAACAGCCUUCUCCGGCUCCGGUGGUACCAACGGCUGCCGUGGUAUCGGCACCUCCGACUUUGCUGAAUCCUAAUGUCGCGACAGAGCCCCCGGAGACCUGGAGCAGGGAUCUAAGUGGUCCAAGUAGUCAAACUUCGCAGCGGCAUCAGCGAAACUCCCUUCCCUACGGGGAUCCUUCGGUAGGAUCCUCGGCUCCCAAGGGAUUUGCUGCCGCUCGUAUUCCGCCAGCUUUGGGAGGGCUUCCUCCUGGUUCCGGUUCUGGAACUUGUCCCGCCGAUUUCUUCAAACCCGCAGACACCGCCGCUUCUGUCGGGGAUUCGGAGAGCACAAGGCAGGCUUUCGGGUGUUUUCAACCUGUAGAUCGCCAGACAACGACGGUAACCACUUGUGGAGCUGCGGAUUUAGCUGGGACUGGAGAGCUACCGAGGGAAACUUCCUCGAGUUUGGUCUUCGAGGUCAACCGGUCGACGAGUCAGGGGAACCCUCCGCCGUCUUGUGUAGGAGCACCGUUUGGGCUAGGUGCGGUUGUUAGGAGUUCGCCAAGUCCCGCGAAACCUCUACAAGAGACUGCCGUCGAAGACAAGUUCACCGAUGACCUAGCCGAGGUUGAUCUCACUCAGACUGAGCCUGCGUCUCCUCCGGCGGAGGAGUUUAAUACAGGACCCACUGGGUUGGAAGGGGCGAGCUUGACCGUGGACAUUUUUGCCAACUUGGUCACCAAGGCCACGAAGAACGAGGGUGCACCUGCUGAGAAUCUCUUGGAGCCUUCUAGGGACAAGUCCUCGGCGAAGAGUCCUGGUGACUACAUUGGAAAACCAACUGGAAGCAGCGAACUGUCCAACUAUUUCGGUCCUGCAGCUCAGGAUAGCACGGGUUCAACGUUUUAUGACCCAAAGUCUGAGGAACAUCAACUGCAGGCACCAGCCACGUCGCUCCAUCAGAACGCGAAGUCCCAGCAAGAAUCGAUCCCGCCGUUGACUUCUUUCCAGUCACCUCUGCAAGCACAGUCGCCAUUCUUGCAGCAACAACCGCCGCCCUUGUCGUCGCAUUAUCAGUCACAGCCUCGGCAACAAUCGGCGCAGUUCCCAAGAACAUUGGCAACGUCUUCGGCAAGCUCCCCAAGUCUUGUGCCAAGUCUCAGGGAAUUAUCGGGUCGCUCGUACCCCUCGCAAACUGCCGUACCGCAGGUGCCUCAGUCCUUGUGGGAACCUUCCCAAGGACAAGCAGCAACGCCGACUUUUUAUGACCCUUCCAAGUUUUCCGCCGGACUUUCAGAAGUUUUCUACCCUCACAGUGGGUUUCCUCAAGGGGUCUCUGGUGGCGGAAAUCGCCCGUUCGUGCAGACCACCCCUGGCAUCGCGUCCAGCUUAGGCCAGGGAUUUCCCUCUGGGCCUAAAUUUUCUAGCGGCAUUUCCUCAUCGUCCAACCUCAUGGCAGCGAUGAUUCCAGAGUCUACAGGGACUGCGACUUUGAGUCCUGUCCAGAUGUCCGUCAACCCGCUGAUGGGGCGCUCUUCGCCCGACAUAGUGCCGCCGAAUUUGCAGAACUUGGCUUCCGGUCCCUCCGAUCGCCGCACGCAGUACAGACCGGUCUAUCAUCAUUGGUUCUACCGGAAGGAGGUCGAAAACAAAUCGCUUUGGCAACCCUUCUCGAUGAACGACAGCAUGAAUCUGGAGACCGUUCAUAAUUCCACGGACAUCACCCCGGAAACUAAGGUUGCGACUGAUGGAGGUCGCUACGACGUCGAUGUUCUCAGGAGACAAAGGAUUCCUGUCUAUUGGACAGGGCAGCCUCAGGAUGUCAGGAGGUGUUCCUGGUUCAGCAAGGGCUUGUCGGAGUCUCGCUAUGUUCCCUACGAGGAGAACGUUGCUGCCAGGCUGGAGGAGGAAUACAGACUCGGGUGUCUGAGCAACAAUUGGAAUCGAAAGGUCGACCUGGCCAACGGAGAGUACAUCACCUUUCAUGGUGCAGGGGUGCAGAUGCACUACUUGAACCCCGCCACUCCGGAGUUGGCCUCUUCCUGGGGCAAUGGAACCAGCACAACGGGAAAGCCGCGGGUCGUUAGGAGGGGCGUUAGUGAGUUCAACAUCGAGGAAGGAGAACCGGAGAAGGUUGAUCACUUGCUGUUCCUCGUUCAUGGAAUCGGUAGUGUCUGCGACCUGAAGUUCAGAACCGUCGAAGAAGUCGUGGACGAGUUUAGGAGUAUAUCGCUGCAACUCGUGCAGUCCCAUUACCGUACCGCAAGCGAGCGCAAAGCCGUCAACAGGAUCGAGGUCCUUCCGAUUUCCUGGCACGCGACCUUGCACUCCGAAGACACGGGGAUAGACAAUAAGCUGAAAGCUAUCACCUUGGAGAGCAUCCCGAAAUUGCGGCACUUCACCAACGACACGCUGCUCGAUAUUCUAUUUUACACUAGCCCGGUUUACUGCCAAACGAUAGUCAAUACAGUAGGGGGCGAGAUGAACCGUCUGUACUCUCUGUUCAAGGAGAGGAACUCGGAUUUCGAGGGUGGUGUCUAUUUAGGGGGCCAUUCUCUGGGUAGUCUAAUUUUGUUCGACCUCCUGUGUCACCAGAAGCCUCCUAAAGAGGAUCCCGUUUAUGAGACGGUUGAAGGGGACGGCACCGUCGAGAAGGUCGAAGGCGAGAACGGGUCGAGCCUGAAACCCUCUCGACCGGCCCUGAAGAGGCGGCUGAGUAAAAAGAUCAGCUACGUCAUGGGCGGUGCAGGGACCGGGCAGCCUUUCAUCAGCUAUCCUCAGCUGAGUUUUUACCCGAAGGCCUUCUUCGCCCUCGGCAGUCCCAUAGGGAUGUUCGUAACAGUCCGAGGCAUCGACAACUUGGGGGAGGAUUUUGCCCUGCCGACUUGUCCAGCGUUUUUCAACAUCUUCCACCCCUUCGACCCGGUGGCGUAUCGGAUCGAAUCUCUUAUCAACACGGAAGCGCAUAAGUACAGACCCAUGUUGAUUCCCCAUCACAAGGGCAGAAAACGAAUGCAUCUAGAGUUGAAGGAAACCAUGGCCAGGGUCGGAGCGGAUCUUAAGCAGAAGCUGUUGGACUCCGUCAGGAGUACAUGGAAUUCGGUGUACCAGCUGGCCAUGUUCCACAGGCCGGACAAUCAGGCUCUAGAGCUAGAGAUCGACAAGGUGGUCGAAGAACAACUUCAAAAGGCACCCAGCGAGCUUGAUCAGCUAGUCGUCGACGAUGGCGGGGCCGACUUGAACGUCGGCAAGUUGAACGGUGGACGCAGAGUCGACUACGUUCUUCAAGAAGCUCCCUUCGAGUACAUCAACGAGUACAUAUUCGCGCUUACUAGUCACGUCUGCUACUGGGAAUCCGAGGACACGAUGCUCAUGAUGCUGAAGGAGAUCUACGGGUCUACGGGGAUCCAGACGGACGCCCAGCUUCCCCAACAGACCAUGACGAUCGAGAGGGUGUCACCUUCGACCUCGUUGUCUGGAGCAUCUUUGCCGAGUCCGGCAGAACCCGGGACCAGCGAUCCACCUGCAGACAUUCCUACCACCGAAGCCGCGCCUCCACCGCUUCCUGGACCACCGCCGACCUCCGGUUUCGUCAGGAAAUCGUGAUCCAGGCUGUUGCCAGGGUACCUUCGACUUUGACGUUAAUAGAGGAAGCACUGGGGAGCAGUCAGCGAGCGUGGGGAAAUUCGGAAGAUCCUUCGUCUAGGGGUUUGAUCCCUCUGGCGAUGAGUCAAUCGCGAGGUGGAGGGAAACAAACGAGAGGAUGGACGAAGACCGCGAUUCCUUCCGAUUAAAUAGGAAAGGGAAUCAGGAAUAUCUACCGUCUUGCGACGACGACGCCAACGACGAUUCGAAAGAUACGUUCCAAGAGACAGCGAGAAGAUGGAAAUAUGUGCCUGAGGAAUACGACGCAACCUGAAACCACCGCUCGUCCGUUGCGUCUUCGCAAAGGGCGCGAGUAUUUUCAAUAAAUCGAUGUAUUCUUUUA